AUGGCCACCCGCAAGAGCCUUAUCCUCAAUGCCUUUGUCGAAAUGUGCAGCGGCCACCAGUCGCCCGGCCUCUGGAACCACCCCGACGACGAGUCCUGGCGCUUCAACGACGUGCACCACUGGAUCGAGCUGGCCAAGCUGCUCGAAGCCGCCAAGUUCCACGGCAUUUUCAUUGCAGACGUGCUCGGCGGAUACGACGUCUACAAGGGACCGCGCAACCUCGACCCGGCCAUCAUCUCUGGAGCCCAAUGGCCUGUCAACGAGCCGCUGGCUGUUGUGCCGGCUAUGGCUGCUGCUACUAAGAAUCUGGGGUUUGGAGUCACCAUUACGACAACCUAUGAGCAGCCGUACCAUCUGGCCAGGCGAUUGUCGACUGUCGACCAUCUCUCCAACGGCCGACUCGGGUGGAAUAUUGUAACUGGCUAUCUCGACUCUGCAGCGCGCAACCUCGGACGCGCCGAGCAACCGCAGCACGACGACCGCUACGCCAUCGCCGAAGAAUACGUCCAAGUCACGUACAAACUCUGGGAAUCGUCCUGGCGCGACGACGCCGUGGUGCGCGACCGCACACGCCGCGUGUACACAGAGCCCUCGCGCGUGCGCCUCAUCAACCACACUGGCAAACACUACACCGUUCCUGGCCCUCACAUCUGCCAGCCCAGCCCGCAACGCACGCCGCUGAUUCUGCAAGCUGGCACGUCAAAAGCAGGCAAGAACUUUGCUGCCCAGCACGCCGAGGCCAUCUUUGUCGCUGGUCACAGUCCCUCCGUCGUAGCCAAAAACAUCGCCGAGAUCCGCGAGCUUGCAAGCACCCAAUUUGGCCGUGACCCAAAGAGUCUCAAGUUUCUCGCAUUGUUCUGCCCCGUGUUGGGACGUACUGAAGAGGAAGCACAAGCAAAAUUUGCAGAGUAUAGAGACCUCGGCUCGAUUGAAGGCGCGCUCGCCCUGUUCGGUGGCUGGACUGGUAUUGACCUGAACCAGUACGCCGAUGACCAGGAACUGCGCCAUGUUGAGAGUAAUGCCAUCCGCUCGGCUGUCGAGGGCUGGUCCAAGGCGUCGCCUGGUGUGUCCAAAUGGACAAAGACUACCGUUGCCCAGCACAUCACCGUUGGCGGCCUAGGCGCAACUUCAGUAGGCACGCCGCAGCAAAUCGCCGAUGAGCUGGAGAGAUGGGUUGCAGAAGCUGAUGUUGACGGAUUCAACUUUGCGUAUGCUAUCAAACCCGGCUCCUUUGUCGAUAUUAUCGAGCUAUUGCUGCCAGAACUGCGCAAACGUGGGCUGUUCUGGAACGACUAUGCCGUGGAUGGAGGAACGUACCGUGAGAACUUCUACGGCAAGCCUGGUCAAUCCGGCCCUCGAGACGAUCAUCCCGCGGCCAAGUAUCGGUGGAAGGCCGGUGUUGAGGCCGCUGACCAUCAAAUCCCAAACUAG